UUUCAUGAAAAACAAAUUACCCAAAUUAACAAAUUUUCAUCCUGUUGUUUAGGAUGAAAAUCUGAUGGAUAUUAAGGUUGAGGUUAAAGAUGAAGAAGAAGAAGAGGAGGAGACGGAUUUAUGGGGCGAUCAGAACUAUGGACUCAUAGAAGGAAAUCCCCCUGAGAGAUGUCCUCGUCCUCUGUAUUCCCAGGACUGUCCAGAGGACCAUCAGAUGACAAAUCAGGGGGAAGAUCUGACUAUUGUUAAAGUGGAGAAUGAAGAAGAGCAGAUGAUGGGCGAAACCCCGUGUAGGAGUGAGGUGGAGGAGGACAUUCCAGGAGAUGUGACCACAGGAAAGAAGCCGUAUUCAUGUUCAAUAUGUGGCAAAUGCUUUAUAAGUAAUUCAGAUCUUGUUAAACAUGAGCGAAGUCACACAGGAGAGAAGCCGUAUUCAUGUUCAGAAUGUGGGAAAUGUUUUACCCAAAAAGCAACUCUUGUUAAACAUAAAAGAAUUCACACUGGAGAGAAGCCAUUUUCAUGUUCAGAUUGUGAGAAAUGUUUUACAAAUCAGUCAGGUCUUGCUAGACAUAAGAGAAUUCACACAGGAGAGAGGCCUUAUUCAUGUUCAGAAUGUGGUAAAUGUUUCACAACUAAAUCAUAUCUCCUUACACAUUGGAGAAUUCACACAGGAGAGAAGCCAUAUUCAUGUCCAGAAUGUGGGAAAUGUUUUAUAAAUAAAUCACAUUUUGUUACUCAUAAGAAAAGUCACACAGGAGCAAAGCCUUAUUCAUGCUCCAUAUGUAGCAAGUGCUUUAUAGGUAAAUCACAGCUUGUUAAACAUGAGAGAAGUCACACAGGAGAGAAGCCAUAUUCAUGUUCAGAAUGUGGGAAAUGUUUUACCAAGAAAUCAAAUCUUGAGCAACAUAUGAGAACUCACACAGGAGAGAAACCAUAUUCAUGUUCAGAAUGUGGGAAAAGCUUUACACAGAAACCAAGCCUUAAUCAGCAUCAGAGAAUUCACACAGGAGAGAAGCCAUAUUUAUGUUCAGAAUGUGGGAAAUGUUUUAUAAACAAAACAUGUCUUGUUUUACAUCAGAGAAGUCACACAGGAGAGAAGCCAUAUUCAUGCUCAGUAUGUGGGAAAUGCUUUACACACAAAUCACAACUUGUUAGACAUCACAUAAUUCACACAGGAGAGAAGGCCUAUUCAUGUGCAGAAUGUGGGAAAUGCUUUACAACGAAACCAAGUCUUAGUCAACAUCAGCGAAUUCACAUAGGCAAAAAGACGUAGUCAUGUUCAAAUGUUGGAUAUGUUUUAUAAGUAAAUUCGAUCUUGCUCAACAUAAGAUAAUUCAUACAGAAGAGAAACCUUUUUGAUGUGUUUCAUAAGGCCUCAUGCACGCGGCUGUAUCUGGGGUUUUUUGUCUGCAAAAACCCCAUACCGACCACGUUAAUCCCACAUUUUCCCUUCCGCAGGUCCCACAGUAUGUUGCAAAUGCUUAUUCUUGUCUGCAAAACAGAUAUACGGAUAAUGACAGCACACAGUGUGCUUUGUGUAUCUUUUGCCCCAUUUAAAUGUGGAUCAAACGCGGACCGGAACUACGGUUGUGUGUGUGGGGCCUAAGAAUAAUGUUUUACAAGGAAAUUAAAUUCUGAAACUCAUCAUAGAAUUCACAUAGAAGAAACCAUAAUCCUGUUGAGAAUGUGGGAAAUGUUAUAACAGAAAAAAGGGACUUUAUUUACUUUCAGGGCAGUGAUGAUGAAUUGUCCCUAUGGACCUUGCUUCUUCUUACUGUAUUCACACCUCCACCCACACUGCAGGAGAAUCCAGAGGACAUACUGUAAGGUCUCCUCAUGGAGACAUUUAUGUACCAUGUGGACACAUCGAUAUCUGAUCUUCAGUCAUACAGUAUAUACAGAUAAAGCUGAUGGAAUAGAAGAAAACAGCAAUAAUCAAUUGAAUUCGCAGUAAUGCACUGAGCAUGGCAGAUUACUGAUCAGCUUCGUUAUCUUGCAGCACUGGGGUCCUGGGUUCAAAUCUGACCAAGGACAACAUCUGCAUGGAGUUUGCAUGUUCUCCCUGUGUUUGCGUUGGCUUUCCUCCGGGUGCUCUGCUUUCCUCUUACACUCCACAAACAUACUGUGAGGUCAAAGGGUUUGGCUGCUCUUUAUUUUCAGAAAUGUGCUGAAAACAUACAGUCACUAAUAAAAUGUCUUUAGAAGA